AGCUGCUGUACUGAAAUCAUUUCAGCAGAUGGGAUGGUAUGGGGGGCUCAAGCUGAGGUUUCUCAGAAAUCAUGUGACCACUCCUGCUGCAGUAUAAAACAGGCGAUUCUCCUCAUCAGCAUCUCAGAGCGUCUGAAUCCAGCAGCUCAGAGACUGAAGAGCAGUGACCAAGAACAUCAUCAUCUUCACAGUGAGGAUCCCUGUGCAUCAGAUCACAGCAUGGCAACGAUCAGUAACAUCUCAUCUAAAUACAAGGACAUCAUCUCCAAAAGUCGUCUGCUGCAGCCAGGAUCUCCUUCUGUCUACCAGCUGAGACCAGAGAAAAAGACCAUUGGAACUCUGACAAAACUGACUGUUGGAGAAAGAAAUGUGAACCAAGUAAAUAAAACCAUCUUACUUGUGGGAGAAACAGGAACAGGGAAAUCUUCUCUGAUCAAUACUCUGGUCAACCACACCAUGGGAGUGAAGUGGGAGGAUGAAGUCUGGUUUCAGAUCGUAGAGGAUGAGAAGAGAAGUCAGACAGAAAGUCAGACAUCAGAUGUGAUCGUAUACCAGGUUUUUGAUUUUGAAGGUAAAACUCUGCCCUACUCUCUGACCAUCAUCGAUACUCCUGGAUUUGGAGACACCAGAGGAAUCGAACGCGACGUCCUCGUCACUCAAAGGUUGUUUGACUUGUUUAGAUCAGCUGAUGGAGUUCAUGAAAUUAAUGCAGUGGGUCUGGUGAUGAAGGCCAGUGAAAAUCGAGUGAGUGACCGACUGAUGUACAUCUUUAAUUCAAUGAUGUCUCUGUUUGGAAAAGGCAUAGAGAAAAACAUCGUAGCUCUCAUCACACACUCACCUGGAACAAAUCCUGAAAAUGUCCUUAAGGCUCUUGAAGCUGCAAACAUCAAAUGUGCCAGAAAUGAGAAGAAUCAGCCUGUUCGCUUCCUGUUUGAUAACUGCCUGAACAAACAGAGAACAGAGGAAGAAGAGUUAGGGUUAGCGCAUGCAUGGCGAGUAACAGACAGGGGAAUGAAACAGUUCAUGACCUUCCUGGAAAAAACUCAUCCUCAGAAGCUGGAUACAACAGUUGAAGUGCUGAAUGACCGAGUCAGACUGGCAGCCUGCAUCAAAAACCUGCAAGAGAGAAUCAACUUUAUUGAACUAAAACAGACAGAAAUCAUACAGGUUGAAGAAGGUCUGAAGAAACAUGAAGAGGAGAUGAAGAAGAACAAGAACUUCUCUGUGGAAUUUGACGAGGUCUACAAAGAUAAAGAGAGUAUCGAAGGUGGGAUGCAGUGGUUUGGGGGUUAUAAAGGAGCUGUCACCUGUAAAGUCUGUAAAGAGAACUGUCACUAUCCUGGAUGUACAAUAGCCUGGUCCCCUACAAGCUGUGAGGUCAUGAAAGGUGGCCGCUGUACUUCAUGCACCAGGAAGUGUCCUGCAGAAGAUCAUGUGAAAGAAGAGUGGAUCUAUGUGACCAAGACGAGGAGAGUGAAGAACACCGAACGAGAAAUGAAACAGAAAUUUGAGAAGAAUCUGGCAGAAAGUGUGAAGAAGUCGAGUCUUUUGGAAAAUCUGCAAACAGAAAUGAAUCUGCUGAAAAGAGAUAAAACUCGGUUCUUGGAAGAGGCCUACCAACAUAUUGUCAACCUGGAAAAGAUCGCUGUGAAAGCUGAUUCAGUUUCCACCUACGUCCACCUGGACUUCCUGAUUGAGAAGAUGAAGGAGACAGGAGACAGGAGGAAAGUCCAGGUGCUGGAGGAGAUGAAAAGACGCCAGGAAGAAGGAAACAAAGGAGCACUGAAGUACAUAUGGGGUAAAAUGAAAUCAACUGUGAAAGGAUGGAUGUAAAUGAAAGAGGUGAGGUUGAGCAGACAAAGAGCAACAGCUGUACAUUUUCCAUUAAAUGGAGGAAACUAAUGAUUAAAAAAAGUCACAGGUUGCUUUAACUCUCAUGUAAUAACUUGAUUAGAAAAUAUAAAUGUUUUCACUGUUUUAUCUCCUCCUGUCUGUUAAAAGCUCCAUCAGGUUCUCAGGACCAAAAGCUUUAAAGCCACCUACACAAAUAUGUGGAAUAUUUUAGAUCUUUCUGAUGUUUGUCUUCUUUUAUUUGUUUUUAAUAUUCUUUAGACUUUAAUGAUGUUAGAACACCUUGUAACUCCAGUUAUGAAAGAUAAUAAAGGAAUAAAGUUAAUGAUUGUGAAAUGUGAUGACCUAAAUCAGCUACAGUCAAAUGUGAGCAGACUAACAUGAAUCAGCUUCACCUCCUUCUCAUGAUCAUUUAUGAAACACAUUUAUCUGCUGGUGAAAGGAGCUGUGGCUUUUCCCUCUGUUUCUGCAUGUGGACCAAGAGUUCAUACUGAGAUCAAUCACACUGUAAAGCUGAUCAAUAAAUAAACCUGAUCAAUGA